AUGGACAUGGACAUCCUUCACUACAUGAGUUUGCUCAAAGCACGAUCCAACCUGACAUUGAAUAUUUCCAAAGAUGAGGUGGUGUCUUGGUUUAAAGAUAAUGUCUGCCAAGGAAGUGCAGUUAUAACCACAGCCAGUAGGGGUGCUGAUGGGCUCCAGUGGCAGCAGCGGCUGCCACACAGGAGUGGCAAACGAUGGAUGAUGCUCUGGGUGGCUCUGCCUCAGGCAGCUGCUAUGGCUGCAGGAGCUGGUGCAUGUGGGUGGCAGUGGAGGUGGUCUGGGGCAAGCUUGGGGCUUUCUCCAGCAGUUCAGGUUGCCGCCAGCAUGAGGAGGGCGGUGCUCUCCCUCUCAGGAGGUUCCUGCAAACUCAUGCAGGUGGCGGUCAGUCUCAAUACAGGGCAGUUGCCGAGGUCUAAGUCAGCUGGGGGACCCUUCCGCAAGCAGCAGGCACAGCCUCACAAGUCUAUGGGACCAGAUGGGAUCCACCCAAGGGUGAUGAGGGAGCUGGCGGAAGAGCUCACCAAGCCACUCUCCAUCAUCUACCAACAGUCCUGACUCACUAGGGAGGACCCAGAUGACUGGAAGUUGGCAAAUGUCACGCCAAUCCACAAAAAGGGCCGGAAGGAGGACUCGGGAAACUACAGGCCUGUCAACCUGACCUCAGUGCCUGGCAAGGUUAUGGAGCAGAUCAUCCUAAGUGCAAUCACACAGCAUCUACAGGAUGGACAAGGGAUCAGAUCCAGCCAGCACGGGUUUAGGAAGGGCAGGUCCUGUCUGAUCAACCUGAUCUCCUUUUAUGAUCAGGUGAUCCGCCUGGUGGAUGAGGGGAAGGCUGUGGAUGUGGUCUACCUGGACUUCAGCAAGGCCUUUGACACCGUCUCCCACAGCAUUCUCCUGAAAAAUCUGGCAGCCCAUGGCUUCUACAGGGGCACCUUCUGGGUUGAGAACUCUGAUGGCCAGGCCCAGAGAGUGGUGGUGAACGGUGCUGCAUCCAGUUGGCAGAUGGUCACUCGUGGUAUCCCCCAGGGAUCAGUGUUGGGCCCAGUUCUGUUUAAUAUCUUUAUUGAUGAUUUAGAUGAGGGGAUUGAGUCCACCAUCAGCAAAUUUGCAGAUGACACCAAGCUGGAGGGAAGUGUCAAUCAGUUGGAAGGCAGGAGGGCUCUGCAGAGGGACUCAGACAAGCUGGAGAGAUGGGCUGAUUCCAAUGGGACAAAGUUCAGCAAGGCCAAGUGCCGGGUCCUGCACUUUGGCCACAACAAUCCCAUGCAACGCUACAGGCUGGGCACAGAGUGGUUGGAGAGCAGCCAGGCAGAAAGGGAUCUGGGAGUUUGGAUUGGCAGGAAGCUGAACAUGAGCCAGCAGUGUGCCCAGGUGGUCAAGAAGGUCAAUGGCAUCCCGGCCUGGAUCAGGAACAGUGUGGCCAGCAGGACCAGAGAAGUGAUUCUUUCCCUGUACACAGCGCUGCUAUUGAUUGAGGGACAACUGUUAACCGUGUAUCGGCGGAUGCAGCGGUUCCUGUUAGAAUAUAUUGUCCAGCAGGUGCAGGUUCGGCUGCCUCAACAAUGGUUUGAAUAG